AGAAGGGUUCUUUGACGCAACUACGUGGGAUUAUUUUAAAUAGGACAAGAUGGCCGAGGUUAGCGGGCUGAGGAAACGGAAUCAUUUCGAACAAAACCGCAAAAGACACGUCUUUGACGAAGGUGCGGGUGGUGUGGAAGAUGUUCCUCUGUCCCUGCCAGAUCGGAAGCCUCCUCCCAGGAUGGCGCCUCGGGCAGAGGUGGAUAGCGAGACAGACGAGGCGUGGGAACAGGCCCCAGAGCUGACUGCUGCCUAUCAAAGUCCUGUCAAGGAGCAACCUGUAGAAGAGGAGAAGGCUCGGCCCAUCCAGAUUGUCCUGGCUCACGAAGACGACCACAAAUUUGAGCUGGACACGGCGGCUCUGGAGAAGCUCUUACUGCAGGAGGAUGUCAGAGACCUUAAUGUGGUGGUGGUGUCAGUGGCUGGGGCCUUCCGUAAGGGCAAGUCCUUCCUGCUGGAUUUCAUGCUCCGAUACAUGCUAAACCAGCAGCAGGAGCAGUCAGAAUCGUGGGUUGGGGCUGAUGAUGAGCCGCUGACAGGGUUCAGCUGGAGAGGAGGCAGUGAGAGGGAGACCACAGGGAUCCAGGUCUGGAGUCAGGUGUUUGUGGUCAACAAGCCGGAUGGGAGCAAGGUUGCUGUUCUGCUAGUGGAUACACAAGGAGCCUUCGACAGCCAGUCUACCAUAAAGGACUGUGCAACGGUUUUUGCCUUGAGCACCAUGACCAGCUCUGUACAGGUGUAUAACUUGUCCCAGAAUAUUCAGGAGGAUGAUCUUCAGCAUCUCCAGCUCUUCACAGAAUACGGCCGGCUUGCUUUGGAGGAAAUCUAUCUAAAACCCUUCCAGUCUCUCAUGUUCCUCAUCAGAGACUGGAGCUAUCCAUAUGAGCACAACUAUGGACUGGAGGGAGGUAAACGCUUUCUAGAGAAGAGACUGCAGGUGAAACAGAACCAGCACGAGGAACUGCAGACCGUGAGGAAACACAUCCACUCCUGCUUCUCCAACAUCGGUUGCUUCCUACUGCCCCACCCCGGCCUCAAAGUGGCCAUCAACCCCAUGUUUGACGGCAGAUUAAAAGACAUUGAUGGUGACUUUAAGGAGGCACUGGGCAAUCUGGUGCCCUUACUGCUGGCUCCUGAGAACCUGGUGGAGAAGGAGAUAGGAGGGGCUAAAGUGACCUGCAGAGAUCUAGUGGAGUACUUUAAGGCCUAUAUAAAGAUCUAUCAAGGGGAGGAGCUUCCUCAUCCUAAAUCAAUGUUACAGGCAACGGCUGAAGCCAACAACCUUACAGCAGUUGCUGGAGGAAAAGACACUUACAGCAAAAGCAUGGAAAUGGUGUGUGGAGGGGACAAGCCCUACAUCGCCCCUGCAGACUUGGAACGCUGCCACGAGGAGUUCAAGGAGUGCUCGGUGCGUCAGUUCCGCUCUGUGAAGAAGAUGGGAGGGGAGGACUUCUGCAAGAAAUACCAGGAGCAGCUGGAGGGCGAGCUGGAUGAGGCCUACUCCAACUUCCAUAAGCACAACGAGGGCAAGAACAUCUUCUACGCUGCACGCACACCCGCCACGCUCUUCGUUGUCAUGUUCACCACCUACAUCGUCUCAGGGCUGACCGGCUUCAUUGGAAUGAACACUAUUGCCUUGCUGGCCAACCUGGUCAUGGGCGUGGCUCUCAUAACUCUCUGCAUGUGGGCCUACGUCAAAUACUCAGGGGAGUUCAGAGAUGUGGGCACCAUCAUAGACCUGUUGGCAGAGACACUCUGGGAACAGGUGUUGAAGCCACUGAGUGCGCAAUAUAUGGAGGAUAACGUUAGACAGACUGUGGUUAACUCCAUCAGAGCCAGUCUGACGGAACAAGCCACACAGCACGCAAAAUUAAAGCCACACUGACCCCUCCUUCUGCUAUUACUCUACCAUCCACUCACCCCACCCCUUCAUUCAGUGCUAAAUCCUAGGACUGUGGCACUGUGCAAACCAAAGUUUACCCUGCACAGGCCCAGCCAGCCUCUGUCUGCUGUAGUGGCCUGUCUUACUGCUGGCUACUCGACUCUUGGAUCCCCCUGUUGGAAGGUGGACAAUCAGCGAGUUAAGAAGUAGUUGCCGGUCUGCUCUCACCUUUACCACAAUUUGACUGAUUCACACGCAACCCCCCCCCCCCAUACACACCUAUGUCAGGAUUUUAAAUUAUUAAGAGUUGUUAGGUUUGCUGACCCGGUUUUAGUGUUGUCAUAUUAAGCAGAUUGCACUUACUUGGUUUCAAGGUUAAUUCAGGGAGUCACAGCUCUUUGGUGUGCCAUUGGAUGCAAGAUGAACUGUCUGCAUAGUCAUGCAUACUAUAGCCUAGCCGUUGUUCCUACCCUCUCUCCUGAUGCCGUUUGGUUAACAGGGGUGGAUUUAGAAAUCCUUUGAGCCUCUUUAGUAGUUUUAAGAUACUGCUGUUUAAUCUUGCUUUAGUGUCUACCUACCAGUGUUAUCUACUGUAUGGUAUUAGACAAACACAGCAUAGCACUAUAAUAGGCCCUAGAGCUCAAUCUAUUGUGCUUAGCAGGGGAAUGUAAUUCAGACAGUUUCAUUAAUUUGCCUUUCUUGAAAACCCACAUGACAGUGGGAGUGACAAAUGGUAUUGCACAUCUAGUUUUUCUUGUCAAUACAGCACUAAUGAUAUCAGUUAGGUCAACGCUUUUGUACCAAUUCCAUCCACAACUGUCUCGCCUAGGAACGCGGCAGUUGUUACAGUUCAUUUAAAAAAAAAAUAGGGAAUGAUGUAUGACACAUUUUACACUUUGUAUAAAUUCUAUAGUGUUGGCGGGGUGUUUUUUGUUGAUUGGCCUAGUGUGGUUUAAGGAAUGUUUUGUGAUUGGUCUUAGUUGCAUCUUUUUCUGUGAUCUACUAUACCGGUACGUAAACAAACUCUAGGCUAGAGCAUUUAGAUUCCACCCCGGACAAAGCUUUCUGGAAUUUGAUGAGUGGGUCGAUUGUCUUUUUAAAUCACUUACUGGAAUUUAUUUUACAAUAAACAAGUACAUUGACCUUAUUGAUUAAAAUAAUCUACUGUUGA